AUGGGGCGGCGGUCAACCUCCUCCACCAAGAGUGGAAAAUUUAUGAACCCUACUGACCAAGCUAGAAAGGAAGCCAGAAAGAGGGAGUUGAAGAAGAACAAAAAGCAGAGGAUGAUGGUGAGAGCAGCGGUGCUAAAGAUGAAAGAUCCAAGGCAGAUCAUCAGAGACAUGGAGAAGCUGGAUGAGAUGGAGUUCAACCCAGUUCAGCAGCCCUUGUUGAACGAGAAGGUGCUACGUGACAAGAGGAAGAAACUACGUGAAACAUUUGAGCGCAUUGUUCGUCUGUAUGAGAGGGAGAAUCCUGAUACCUAUAAGGAGCUGCGCAAACUGGAGCUGGACUAUGAGACCAAACGAGGGCAGCUGGCUCUUUAUUUUGACUCGGUCAAGAAUGCAGAGUCAGUUGAGGUGGACAGCAUCCCUCUGCCUGAUAUGCCUCAUGCCCCCUCAAACAUUCAUAUUCAGGACAUCCCGCUGCCAGGAGCUCAGCCUCCCUCCAUACUGAAGAAAACCACCUCUUUUGGUAAAGGAUCUGUGACUUCAUCCUCUGGAUCAGUGAUGGUACCAGUGCCAGGUGUCCCACGUUUGCCUCCAGGAAAGAAACCCCCCGGCCCGCCACCUGGACCACCUCCUCCACAAGUCCUGGCACUCUAUGGUAUUCCUGCUCGACGUACUUACGGGCCAGACACAGAUCAUGGGAUUCCUGGUUUAGAAAAGGAGUCUGUGAUGGAGGUAAGACAUGACAGCGACAGUGGCAGUGAGAGCGAUGGCCCUUUGGAUGAUGUGGAUGACGAUGACGAAAGUGACUCUGAAGAUGACAGAAAAGAUGAGAGAGACGGAGGAGAUGGUGAAAGGAGGAUGAAUAUAGACAGGCAAGAAAACGAAAGAGAAGAGGAGCGAGACAGAAAUGAAAGGCAUAGUGGUCGCAGUGUACGUUUCGCAGAUAUGCCUUCAGAAGCAUCCCUUGAUGGAAAGCGGAAGAAAAAGAAGGUGGUGAAGAAGACCAAAGCCAUUACCCCACUGCAGGCCAUGAUGCUAAGGAUGGCAGGUCAGUCUGUUCCUGACGAGGAGGAAGAAGUGGUAGAGGAAGAAUUCACAGAUGAGUCAGACAGCUCAGACGAGGAAGACAGGGGACCACCAGGUGACAACCAACCACAUCUUAACCCCACUCAGCGUCUUCCCCCUCCGCCUGCGAUGGUUGGAGUCCAACAAGGACCUCCACCUUUACCAGCUCCACCAAUGACUGGGCCUCCACCACUGGGUCCACCCCCAGCUCCUCCAAUGAGACCACCUGGUCCACCUUCUGGCCCCCCUCCUGGACCACCACCAGGUGCGCCUCCAUUCUUGAGGCCUCCUGGUAUACCUGGAGGCCUCAGAGGUCCAAUUCCUCGUCUUCUACCUCCUGGACCUCCACCAGGUCGGCCCCCAGGCCCUCCACCAGGCCCUCCUCCUGGACUUCCUCCAGGCCCCCCACCACGUGGACCUCCUCCAAGACUCCCACCCCCAGCACCACCAGGCAUGCCACCUCCGCCCCCAAGAGCAGGUGUAGCCCCGCGACCACUGGCCCCACCCCUUGCCCUCUUUCCUCCACCUCUCAACUCCAGUGUACUCAGUGCUCCUCCCAGCAUUGUCCAACGGCAAAAGGGCUCAGGAUCCAACCAGGAUGGCUCACAAAGCAACAUGCCACCCCCAGCCUUGCCCAUGCCUCUGAGGCCGGGUGUCAUGCAGAUGCCCCCUCCCCCGGGCACAGCUGGUGCAUCCACAGGUGCCAAUCCUGGUGCCAACCCUCCCAGCCAUCACCACACAGCCACCAUCGAAAAGCGAGCCAGCAUCACCUCUGUUGCAGCAGCAGGCAAUCUCGCAGCAGGUGGUGGAUCUGGUGGAGCAACCAUCUCUGCCAAACCUCAAAUUAUCAAUCCCAAGGCGGAGGUCACUCGGUUCGUACCCACGGCACUGAGGGUACGUAGGGACAAGAGUGGAGCGGCGCAUGGGGCAGCAGCUGGGCCUCCAGAGAAAGCUGGUGGUGGUAGUGGAAGGAGGGGGGAUGAAGGCAUGGGAGGUGGCCAGAGCCAAAAACCUCAGGCUACAGCUGCUUCAGUGGGCUUGGGUAACCAAGCUCAGAUGGGUGCUGUCUCUCAGCCUAGUAUGAAGACUAAAGACCAGGUUUAUGAAGCCUUUAUGAGGGAGAUGGAGGGACUCCUUUAAGUACUCUGAGGAUGUUCCGUGUGACACUGAACUUAAGGAGUGUAUUACUUUUGUGUUUUCUGUGCUGCGUAGCAGAAGUUGGCAUUCUUCAUAACUAUAAACAUCAAUUUCUCCUAUAAAUCAAGAUAAGAACUAGAUUUGUUCUAUUAGUGAAUGAGAACUGAAUUUGAUCCAUGUUUGUUCCUUUUCCAUAAACAUGCUCAUAACAGAAACAUUCUAUGCUGUAUCAAAAGAUUUUGAUUAUUUGUACAUUUGUACACCCAAUUAUUUGUACAGCCAGUUCUAAUUUGGUGUCACUGGUAAGUGUUUUGUACGACUUUAUUUUGUGGAUGACAUCUGAAACAUGUUGGGUGUAAAAAGUUGAACAUUUGCAAUCACUUGACAGAAUCCUUGUCUGAAACUGUUUCAUCUACAGAUAAAUAAAUCCAUCAGAUUCUCUUAAACUCA